GUGCAGGACAAUGUUUAACAUAAUCGCUGUUUGCUGUGUGGUAGCGUUAUUUGUUAAUGCUGCCACUGCUGAGGAUUGUCACAAGUGCGUUAAGACGACAGAAUGUGCCGCGUAUGGAAAUUUAAGUAAACUAGAUCAGGAUGCUUGGCAAAUAAAGUAUCCGUGCACAGCAGCAGGUGACGAGCAAUACAGCAAGCUUUUCGGCUUCGCAAAGGCCGCCAAAGGAGACUUUGUGUGCUGUUCCGAAGCCAUCGCGAAUGCGUCUAGUGUUCCUGCCCCUGGGAUCAAUGUAGAUAGCAGACACCCUGAAUAUAACAACUACGGAUAUCCAAAUUAUAAUGGCUUGAACAAUAACCCGAAUGGUUACAAUCCAAAUGGAUAUAAUCCAAAUAAUUACAAUCCCACUCCAAAUCCGCCAACCCCUGGUUACGGUUACGACCAAGGAAAUAACAGACAACCCAACAAUGCUUGGGGUAACAAUAAUUUUGGGUACAAUCCGAAUCAAGGCAACCCGCCAUACGGAGGCUAUGAUCAAGGAGUAAACAGGCAACCGCCAAACAAUUACUAUAACGGCAACGGUAACAGUCCGUAUGAGAGACAAAAUCCUUUCUACGGGGGCAAUGGGCAAGGUGAUAUGGGUGGUGUUAGCAACCAGGGUGGGCAGUGCCCGGUAACAAGCUUCGCACCGAAGCCUGAAACUGGAUGUUGCGGACGGGAGGCGACUGACUCCGACAGGAUUAUCGGCAGGCCAAACCCAAAUUAUGUUCCACGGCCGAAUCCUUACGACAAUUCACGCUGGCCAUCUUAUAAUAACCGGCUACCAAGCUAUAACUCGCCGUUGACAAGAGUAACUCGAUCUGCAGCCGACGUUCCAGCUGUUUCUAUUGAUAAUCGGAUUGCAGGUGGACGGGAAACAGAGUUGGAGCAGUUCCCCUGGCUGGUGUUACUUCUAGUGACAUUUGAUGAUGGAACCAAGAGAUCUGGAUUUAACUGCGGGGGAUCCCUGCUUAGCAACAAGUUCGUUCUCACCGCCGGUCACUGUGUCUUCGAAAAGGGAAGCAGAGUAGUUGACAUCGACAUCUACCUCGCCGAAUUUGACAAGCGAACUUUCCCGCAAGACUGCAAAAAUGUUUUGGGUCAAGGCAAAAAGUGUAUAGAAAAUGUCGUGAUGAAAGCUGAAGAUGUAAUACUACAUCCGCAAUAUGAUGACGCGCGCCUCAACAAUGAUAUCGCCCUGAUAAAGAUACGAGGCAACGCGCCCUACACCGAUUACAUAAGGCCCAUCUGCCUGCCAUCGAUAGACAUCGACAACCCGGACUUCUUCAACCUUCGCCUCGCCGUCGCCGGCUGGGGCCGAAACGGCCGCUACCGGUCAAACAUCAAACAAUCGACAAUCGUCAACCUAGUACCACAAGAGAAAUGCGUGAAGUACUAUCCUAACUUAUCGAGGCGGCAAAUGUGUGCGGCGGGAUAUUCUGGCGAGGAUACUUGCAAAGGAGACUCUGGUGGACCUCUCAUGACCAUGUACGGCGGGAAAUAUGAAGUAGUGGGUGUUGUGAGCGGGAAGAGGGCAGACGCGCCCUGUGGCACAUCAGUACCAUCGCUCUACACGAGCGUCUACAACUACCGCGAAUGGAUUGAAUCAACCAUGAUACGUAACUCGCAAUAAAUGUUUAACACAUUACGUAAAAAAUCUUUAAAUAAUUACCUCAAUAGCUAUAUUACAAUUUUGUUUUUCAGUUUGUGAUUUCCAAGUAAAUCUAAAUAAAAAAGAAGAGCUUUUCAAUUCCAACACACAAUAGAUUUAGCAAAAGGCUUUCGUACGACCGAAUCCUUAUGCCAGAACGGGCGGUAUGUGAGUUAAAUGUAGCAUAAUAUUGCGGAAUGAUUGCAGGCUACGUAAGGUCUGACUUUCACAAGAGCUAGGUUUUGCAAGCUAUCGAGCGCAAAUAAACUUUUAUGAACUGAAAAAUAUAGCACCAGAAAAUUCGAGGUGGCAAUAUUUUGUAGCUGUUUUGUCAUGGCGUUGGCAGGCUCGCUUUGUGCCGCAUAAAUUGCCAACGUAUUCAGCGAUUGCAGAAUUGUGCAUUGAUGUGAAAGAUUAAUUUUAUUGAAAAUCUAUUUGGGAUAUUAUCAAUUACAUGUCCGAGCACUCGUGUAGCUGUUGAGUUUUUUUAUAGAAAGAGGUGUAAUGAAAGUUUUCAGAUUCAUUUUGAAUUACUUAAAAAACUAGAUACUUUCUUAAAUAAUAAAGCCUUGCUACUUGUAGAAUAAAUAUUUCUAACAAAAAAUAUCCGUAAGUUUCUUUACUAGAUCCGUCACAGCCGACACAUGUUUUCCUUUAAUGAGUAGGGGAGUAAAUUGCAUAAGAAAUAUAAUAUAUCACGAGAUUUCCCGCCACGUGUCUGAAAGCACAGAGCUGAUUGGUACUAAACACCAACCGACAGUGAUGAAAGGGUUUUUGUAUAAAGACUAGGCGCAAUGUACGGUGGUAGUGUUCCUAUAACCCCUCCAAUUAAGAGCGAUAAGCUUGUGUGGGGUUCACAUCAAUUAUACGCACCGACGUUCUAAUCGUUUACAUUUUAUAUUUGCUUACUUUUUUAAAUACUUAUUUUUUACAUACUUUUUUAAAUAUAAUUAAACAGGCAUUAAGCAAGUGAGUUGGAAUGACUAUUAUUCGAAUGUUCAUGACUGUCAUACAUGAUUUUAAUUAACAGCUAUACAAUUCAAAUACCAGCCUUCGCAGCAUACACAUAAAAGACGCAAGAUUUCCUAAUGUAAACAAACACUAUUUAUACAGCAAAUUACUUCUUAAUGUUUCAGUAAAUGUUACAUCAAAAUACUUACAGCUUAAUUAUUAUCCAAGUAUGUGUUUAGGCGGAGUUAAGGCAGGCGCUGCCUUUGACGAAUGAUGAUGGAUUGUGGGAACCUUUCGUGGCGUUACUAGCAAAAGCGAUACAAAAAGCAAUAUAACGCGAACAAUUUUGUUGCUAAGCAGAAACAUUAAACGAAAAUAUCGUAUUACUAGAGAUCGUAACUAUAUACACAGUCUCUGUUUACACAGGACGCUAUGGUUAAUUAAAGAGCCGCGAUUGUGUAAACAGAAUCUUUCUGAUACUAUGAAAUCAAUUAAUAUGAACGUAAUUAAUACAUUUCCUUUUGCGUGUUUGCAUAAUGCUCCCACGCGCGGGUUUCUCUACGAGGCUCUUAAAGGCACGCUCCGCAUUCCCUAUGCUAUUAAACGUUGUGGAACACAAUCCGAGAGAAGAACACUCAAAUGAGCAAACACUAUUAUCAGAACUGAGCCGAGGGCGUACAGAUUUCCCAGGAGUGCCCUUCUCCUUAAAAGUGCCGGUCGGAUGACCGCUAUUUACCGCACAGCUUCCGACGGACUUCUUUCAACUUAAAAAAUGGGAAUAUCUUACGGAAAAAACAAGGAGUUUAGCCACUUCAAAAUGUUUACGAAUACAAAGAAAACAUUACAAAACGAUGAUACUCUAAUACCCCAUAAAAUCCACUAAACGGUCUGUACGUCGGAAUUCACAAUUUACUUUAUAAUACGUUCAUGUUGAUCCGAUAAAAAACUGGAUGAUAUUCCGGCGGAACGACAAAAAGGCAAAAGACAACGGAAUCGACUUUUGACAGGCUAAAACUGUCUCACAAAAAAAGGGAACACAAUUUAUCAGCGAUUUCGUCUGUGAUCCCUGAAUCCCAAUAUCGUGGUACAUUCACAAUCUAUGUCGGCCCUCCCGUCGGGUGGCAAAUUUAUGUAAAAUCAAUGCAACAAAUAAAGAACGGUGCGUCGGUAAACAUCCGCACCACGUCACAAUUAGCGCGUGUCGUGCUGGGCCCGACAUUUUAUUAUUUCCCAAUCUAUUUACAUCCCGAUGCGCCAACUAAAACCGAUUUGUCCCUCAAUUUUUAUAUCCGCCUAUGUCCAUGCAGUCACGGGUGUGUAAGCGAAAAUAUCCGUUUUUUGAAAUCAUUUUUCAGUCAAAACGCUCAGUGAGCAAUUAUUCUAUAAUUGGAAAAGUUUUUAUUCCAAUAUCGUAUUCUGUUCAAUGAAAGAGUUUAAUUAUUAACAAACGCGUGAACAUGUAAUCCCCGCAACUAUUUUUUAUAUUUAUUCGGUCUCUUCAAUUGAAAUUCGAGGUUAAGGUUUAAACAUGCGGCUGAAGGGUUUCA